UCAGCGGCAGCAUCGUGUAGAAAUUUGGUAUUCCUCAAAACAUGUAGAGCGCCGGCUCUUUAUCAGUUGCUACCACACUGUUUGAUUGGUAGAAGCCGGAAGGGUGAAGAGCUUGUCGACAAGCAUCUACGCAAAUCUAAGUAUUUUCUGGCCCGCAAUGGAAAGCUGGUGCAUAUACAAGAUAACUUUGGACGCACUAGAAGCUUACACUAUCGGGACAUCGGUUUCCUUCCACUCCGUUGCCGUUGAUCAGGUAGUUGCCUACACGUUCAAUACUCCAAAGCUCUUAAUACAUCGGAAGACUUCGGACGGUAACACCUCGGUGUACACAGACUUUUGUCCUGGUACUGUAUUGUCUUCAUGCCCAACGGCCGCAGAACAACACCAUCUAUUUAGGUUUGCUGUUCCCACCAUACAGGGAAUGGACUAUCUUCCAUUACCUCGCGGGCGAAAGACGACCUUCUUCGAGGUCCCCUGCCUCGAGAUCCGGGAUUAUUAUGGCUUGGGAUUCUCUUCAUAUCCUGAAAGACUACGUUAUAAAUCCAGGACAGAGGAUGAAUGGGCCGGAUCUUCAAAGACCCACCAUGUUAUUUCAAGGCGUUUCUGGGGUCAUCUGGACACGAUUCUGCGUCGACGAAUAUCGGGUCGGACAUUUGUACGCCACGGAACUCAUCACCCAGAAGUCAUCGACAUCGCAGACUUGAUGAAGAAUAUCAAGGCUACUGAUAUUAAGGCGCUCUGCGAUACGGUUGGCACUAUAUACUAGACUCUUUUUGACUCUGGAACUGGUAUCAAAUCGGGAAUUUUUCUUGAAGAUCAUGUUGACAUGUCAGGCAAAAUCUCGCUGCACACGUUUCUGCUUAAUCAAAAUUCAACACACUUAAUCCCACAAGCCCCAUUGGAUACCACCAUAAUGUUUUCUAUUGGCGCUCUUAUCGAAUGGGUGGACCAAACAGGUUCAACAGUAUCCUGGUCCGGUGAAGGCGAUGGCUCUGAUAGCAUGCAAUGUUAGUCUUAUUAGCAUGGUGGUAUUAGAUCCUGCACUCUCUUUGGAUCUUCUCUAUCUUACUUCGCUACACACCUUCAGUCAAAAUCCAGUCUGUAUACUCCCUACCACUACUUGGGUAGUUCGAUAGGUCCUCAGAAAUCAGGAUAGCAUACAAAGCGUGGUACAGCAAAAUUUGAGCUGGCUUUCAAG